AUGGACAGCUCCAAGGGAGCAACCUCCUGCAACAAAGGAGCCUUGGCUGCAGCCACUCAACGACCCAGGAACUCUACACUGCACCGUCUGACCCGGCGGCUUCUGAAGAACUACAGCAAGGGAGUGAGACCUGUCAGAAACUGGGCCGGGUCCACCACUGUCUAUCUCGACCUCUUUGUCCAUGCAGUACUAGACGUGGACGCCCAGAAUCAGAAGCUAACAACAAGCAUCUGGUAUCGGCAGAUUUGGAGGGAUGAAUAUCUCACUUGGAAUUCCAGUCGUUACGAUGGGAUCCAAGAAAUUUCUUUGCCCAUCAACUCCAUCUGGGCUCCGGAUAUUAUCAUUAGUGAAUCUGUGGAUGCUAGCAGAACCCCUGAUCUCCCAUACGUUUAUUUGAAUGCCAGUGGAGUGAUCAAGAACUACAAGCCCAUGCAGGUGGUGUCAGCAUGUAUCCUGGGAAUGUACGCCUUCCCGUUUGACACUCAGAACUGCAGCCUGACCUUCAGUAGUGCUUUGCACACAGUUCAGGAUGUGGAUCUUGCUUUGUGGAGAAGAUAUGAAGAGAUCAAGAGUGACCAGCCGCUGUUUCUAAGCAAUGGAGAAUGGGAGCUGGUCUCUGUGCUCUCUGAACAGCGUGUUCUGCAAACUCAAACUGGAGGCUUUGCCCAGAUUCGGUUUCAUAUUGUUAUCUGCAGACGACCUCUGCUCUACGUGGUCAGCUUGCUGGUCCCCAGCGUCUUCUUGCUAGUUGUCGACCUAGGUAGUUUCUACCUGCCCCCGAACUCUGGAACAAGGAUAACGUUCAAAACCAGCGUGCUGGUUGGUUACACUCUUUUCAAAGUCAACAUGUCAGAUGAGCUGCCAAGCACAGGAGUCUGCACAUCUCUGAUCAGCAUCUUCUUCACCAUCUGCAUGGCUCUGUUGGUCCUCAGCUUAUCCAAAUCCAUCUUUCUCAUCAAGUUCCUCUAUUUGGGUAAUGACCCUGUACGGGGGAAACUCUUGGCUUCUUGCUGCCGCAGGAGCGUUGAUGACACUGUGGGUGAGAACUCCAAGGCUGUUAGGAGCACAGCAGAAAAAUCCGGCUGUGUUGCAGGGAUCCCCCUGACUAGGGAAGACUCAUUUGUGAAAUGCCGCCACACUGGAACAGCCACACCCUCAAUGGAGAAGAUCCAAAGAGGACUCCUCCCCAUCCGCUCCCACCUCCAUGCCCUGGACAAGGCUGUCCAAGCAGAAGACGACUGGCUUUCUCUCACAAACAAGCUGGACAAACUCUUGUUCCGGGCCUACCUCCUAGUGCUGGCUGUGUAUGCAGUCACAAUGGGUUCUCUGUGGGGAGCAUGGAGCUUGCAGUAAGGACAGCUCCCAGGGGCUGGCCAACAUGGUACCAGGGAGUUGCCGUGUAGGCAUCUUAGGUGGCAUUCCCAGUCAUACUGUUAUGCGCAUCCUUAUUCCUUCUAACAUUGGACAGCACAAAUUAAAAAUGUGGGUGUUACUUCGGCACUCAAGCAUUCUCUCAGCUGGGCCAAUGGUCAGGGAUUUGGGAGCUGUAGUCCAAGAACAUCCAGAGGGCACCACAUUGGCUGCCCCUGCAUUAAGGCACUGACUGUAGGUAACGAUUCCUCUUUGACUGUAUUGCCUUCAGUGCUCUGGCAAAAUAGCAUCAUCGCUUUGCAGCUUCUGGGAGGGUUUUUUUUCCUAGCAGGCCUUCAGGGGCUCCAGCAGAAAACAUGAUGGGAUGGGCAAAGUGGGCACCAUCCCUUUGACUCCACUUUCAUGCUUUAUUGAAUGUCUCUCCUCUCCUAUUAAACCUCUGUCUCCAUGAAA